UUGUUUUCGUUUGUAUUCGUAUGAUGAAGACCCGCCUGUACUUAAAUUUUGAGGUUAUUUAUCACAAAUAUAUUGUAUUGUAGAAAAAUAUUGAAAAAUGAGUCAAUAUUAUAAUGUGGUGCCGUGGUUUAAUAGUGAAGAGUGGUGUGCUGUUUAUGAGAAAUUGUAUUCCCAGCCGCAAUCCGUUACCAACAAAGAGUUCGCCUUAAAUGUGUUACUUAUUUGGAAAGCGAGAUGCCCGUCUUUACCUUCGGGUAUAGAGUCUACUUUAAGUUUACUGGAAGUGCACGUUGAAGAUUUGAAGGCCGACAAUGGUCCGCGCAAUCAUCAAGUGCUGCGGUUGGCCUAUUCCUCCGCCAUCAUGAGAUUUGUAAACCACAUGCUGGACAAGGAGACUGCAAAAGGAUCUAGCCUGUAUCAGGCUGCAAAAAAUCUGGACAUCCCAGAAUGGAUAAUAGAUCUUCGACACGAUACCGCUCACAACAACAGCCUCCCUUCAAUAGAGUUACUGAGAGAAGCUACAGAUAUAAGUUUGGAUUGGCUAUUGAAGAAUUACUGGCAUAAACAUAAACAACACAUUAAAGAUUAUUUAGCCAAUAAAGAGGAUAUUAUUAUUGAAGAUUCUAAAAUAACGACGUUAAUGAACUUCUGUUUAUCACUCAGCAUCUGUGCUCAUUCACAGUGUGACAUUAAAAGUUUAGCCCAAAUUAAAGACAAAGACAUGAGGGAGUCCAUCAUCAGCGACGUGCGGGAGGUUUUUGGAGAGGGAGUGGACACUUCCAAUGUUAGUGCAUUAUCAGUAACAGCUCUUAUCAAUAUGUUGAAUGUGAAUGCAAGGCGUCUGUUGAAGGGGAAGAAUACAAGAGUUCACAUGAACCAGGCACUGCUGGGGGAAGACUCCCUGUUUCUGUCCUUACCCUUUGUAGAACUGAUGGGAGAGAAGAAUGCCUUCAAAAAGAACUAUUUGAGCAAACAUUUUGUGCAAUGUUUUGAAGUGCUACUAACUUUCCUACAUACAAAUGAUUUAAUAUUAGACUUUAUUUUGGAACUCGUUUCCAAAACAAAAGAAGAUAUAGAGUUUGAAAAGAAGAAACUUGCUGCUAUUUGGAUUUCAGAAAUAUUAAAAGCAUUAAAAAGAUCUCAAGAGUUCUUGCUUAAAGCACAAAGCAAUAGAAAUGACUUAACCCAUGAAAAGAAGAAAGAGCUAGCAUCAAAGUAUCACCACUGGUUCCCCAAUGAGAAGAGCUGCUUGCUUCUCAACCUACAGAAGGGGCCUCCCGUUGAACUGACUGACAUCAACUUCAUCCAACCAAUCAUAACUUCAUAUAACCCAUACUUGACAUACUUCAUAAAGGAUCUUUUAAAUCUACUGCAGAAACUGCUUCCAAGACCAACAGUCAAUAAGAUAUGUUCUCUAGCAGAUAUGAUAUCAAAUCCUGACAAAUUCUCAACAUCACUCAGUAAAGUUUAUACGGUGGACGACUUGCAGAGUGCCAUAGAGAACCAUCCUGUGGCGGUGGAGGAGAGUGACUCCGAUUGUGUAGAGAUACAUGAAGAAGUUGAAGAAAAUACUGAGGAGCCACAGCUAGUGCCAGGUGGUAUAUGGAGGCUGGCUCCCCGCGCCCACAGCUGGUUCACGACGCCGAUAGGUCUGCUGCCGUGGCAAGUCAAUACUCCUAUUGAAAGUAUGGAUAUUGAUUAAUUGCACUGUUAGUUUAUGACUUAAUAUUCCAAGUGAUGACAAGUGAUGAUCAUUUUAUAAAUGUUUAUAAUCAAAGUUGUGUAUGUGCAACUGUACACUAGUAUGAUAUAUGAAAAUAACUUGACUAAAUAAAACAAUUACAUUUUCUCCACA